UGUUUAUAGAGACCAGUGGCGGGGAAUGGUGAUGAGACUGAUGAGUGAUUAUAUUAAAUAGCAUUACAAAUUUGGAUAUGGCUGGUUUUUUAUUUUUUCUACAUAAAUAUUGCAAAAGAUUUGACUAAUUGAAUCCUCUUGUUCAUAAAAUGUUCAGUUCAUACCUAAGAUCUAAACAGAAUCAAUAAUAGUUUUAUGCAACCAGUAUAACAUGUAGAUGUAAUUUUGGUUACAUGUUCAUUGUUUUGAUUUGUUCAGUUUUGUGGGUGGACUUUUAUUUUGACGUUUAAAAAGAGGUUAAUAAUAUAAAAUAAUCUGACGUUUAAUAUUACUUUUAGAAAGAAAUUAAUAAAUAAAAAUAACAGCAAUAUUAUUUAAAAAUGGGUGCAAAAAAAGUAAAUAUGAGAGAGCUAGAAGCAGCUGCUAAAGCGUCUGCUACUACUAAAGUGAUAAAUACAUUGAAUAGGCCAGGACAAUUAGAAAAAAUUGACCAAAUAAAACAACGAUAUGUUCGAAAAAAAGCUUCAGUUGAAGCAUUGCUGAAGUCAGCAAUGCAGCAACAGCUAGAUGGUGUUAGAAUUGGUUUGAAUCAACUACACAGGUGUCUCGAAGAAGUAUCUGAAAUUAAUAUUAGUAUGAAAAAGAUGUCAGACUUAUUUUCUGAUGUACCAGAGCUUAGUAAGGUACUCUGUGAUAUUAGAGAUGAAAAUAUGAGGCAUUCGCAAUAUGUAACAGCCAAAGAAAAUCUGAAACAUAUUUUUACAGUCCCAGAAAGUGUAGAAAAGACAAAAUCCUGGAUUAAUGAAGGAAAGUUACUUCAUACACAUCAGUGCUUGAGAGACUUGGAAAAUUCAAGAGAUGACUUACUAUUUGAGCUUCACAAAUUACCUAACCAAUCUGUACAUGAUAAAUCAAUGUUAAAAGCAUAUUUUGCUGAUGUAGAAGUACUAUCCAGCUUACUAGAAAAACAGUUAACUAUUAUUUUAUACAGAACAUUAAAUACUGUAAGAAAAGAUCCUACAGUAAUAGUUACUGCAUUGAGAAUUAUUGAAAGGGAGGAAAAAGCAGAUGAAGAAGCUCUGAAACAACAGAGACAAACUGGGUUUAUCCCUCCUGGUCGUCCUAAAAAGUGGAAAGAGAUGGCUUUUAGCAUUAUUGAGAAAACAGUAUCUUCAAAAAUUGAAGGUACUCAAGUUGAGGAAAGAGAAGAUAAUAAACACUGGCUGAUAAGAUAUUUAGAACUUAUUAGAAUGAUGAUUUUAGAAGAUUUAAGAAUUGUCAAAACUCUUUGCUUACCGUGCUUUCCUCCAAGUUAUAAAAUAUUAGAUAAAUAUAUUCAUAUCUACCAUGGAUGCCUUUCCGUACAUCUGCAGGAAAUUAUACAAAAUGGCCUUCAAGGUAAUGAAUAUGUUACAAUGCUGUCUUGGGUUCUUAAAACUUAUCGAGCCAAAGACAUGUUAGGUCACCCUGAUUUAGUGACCUCUACUGAAAAUUUACCUCCUUUACUUCCAUCUGCUGUUAUAGACAGAUUAGAAGAAGACUAUCUUAAGAAUAUUGAAGCGAACUAUAGUGAAUGGAUGCAAAAUACUCUUAAAUCAGAAAAAGAGGAAUGGAGGAUGAAUACUGAACCUUAUUCAGAGUCAUAUUCUCGUACGCCAGCCCCAAUUAUUAUUUUUCAAAUGAUAGAUCAGAAUUUACAAGUAACCAAAACAAUAAGUGAAGAGCUAACAUUUAAAUGCUUGAAUUUAAGCAUUAGACAAGUUAUAAUAUUCGCAGAUGCUUUCAGGGAUGCUAUUAUUGAAUUUAAGAACAAAUAUUUUGAGGACAGGAAACAAGUCGUUUAUUUCACCCAGUAUAUGAUUUUAAUAGUAAAUAAUACUUUACAACUUGUGGAGUUGGGGUGUCAAUUAGAAAAACAGUAUGUUACUAAUAACAGUUCACAUGAACUUACCAAGAAUUUUGGCAUGUUAAAAAGUACUUAUAUUAAAUUGAGGAAUGACGCAGUCAUGUACUUGCUAGAAGAACUUUUUGUAGACAUAGACCAACAUUUUGAUAAAUUGUUCACAUCACAUUGGUUCCCAACUAACCCUGCCGACACAAUCUAUGUUACAAUAGAAGAUUAUUUCCAAGAUUACAACCGAUUAGCUGAAGCGAACUACAAAUAUGCAGUGGAAUUAUUAUUAACCCUAGUGGGUAGAAAAUAUCUUACAGCUAUGCUGUCUAGGCGCAUAUCUUUCAAAACUUUCGAUGAAUGCAUGAAAGCUGCCCAAAAAGUUUCGGAAGAAGCCAAUAGAUUCAACAAACUCUUUGAAAAUCUCAGUAAUGAUAUAGAAUGCGAGAACCCAUUUGAUGCCAUCAUUAUGCUCUCUGAAGUGCUGAAAAGCGAUGAUGACAUGUUAUCCUUUGAGCUACAUAGGGUGGUUGAAAAGUAUCCUGAUAUUACUGAUGAUCAUCUUUUAAGACUGCUGAACCUGAGAGGAGACCUGUCAAGAUCAGAUGUCAGAGAUAAAGUUGUGCAUGUAGAUAAGCCUAAAGUUCUGCAUAAGAGCACAGUGUUUAAGACCCUGGUGUUUCCUAAGCUUGUAAAUAUUAAUUUAACUUUCUAGAGUAAGGCUUUAUUGUUGCUUUAAUUUUUUAGAUAAUAAAUAUAACUAUGUUUAGUUUUGAUAAUUUAUGUUUAUUGUUGCAAAGAAACAGCUGUCAAGCUUCAGUUAAUUUUUUUUAUUAAAAUAUAAUGAACAUAAUAAAAGGUACAAAACACAACAAAUGAGAUACAUAAUAAAGUACAUCUAAAUCACAGGAAUUAUUUAUUAUUUACGUUUUUAAAAAAAUUAUGAAGAGUAGGUUGGCCUUCAGACUUUGUCUUCUUUAAUCCUACAGAUCUACAAGGGCCUAGUUUCUUUCUUUUUAUGUUAAUAUUCAAAGUACUCUGAAAACAAAUAGAUAUGACAAUAAUUUAAACAAUAAUUUUUAAAGUGUACCUUUGAAGAACAUGGUUGAGACAUAGUUUUUGUAAUUUUUUCCUCAUCGGAUUUAGUCAGAUCGACUUCUUCUACAGUUUUUUGAGAAACACUUUCAUCGAGUUUAAUUUUUUCUAAAGCUUCAAGAGGAGAAUCAAUAGAAUUAUCAGGAAUGUUUUCAGUAUCAUUUGAAUUAUUUACUUCAGUUUGAGUAUCAUUAUUUUCAGAUUGUUUUUCUUCAUUUUGGUUAAUUAUUUGUGUUUCAGGUUGUGAGAAAAAGUACCUGCUCUUUACUAUUACAUUACUGUCUGUUUUUGUUAACUUGAACUUGCUUAGUUUUUUUACAAAUGGAUUAUGAUUUAUUACUGGUGAGGUUCUCUCCUCAUUUUCUUCCUGUUUUUCUUCAGGUUCUGGUUCUAUAUUUCGUUUCACAGGUUUCUGAAAGUAUACUGCAAUUUCUUGUUCAAUUUUCAUAUCAGAUUCUUGUUUUAACCAUUCGUCAUAAUCAUCAUCAUUGUUAUUUAUAACUUUAUUUUUUUUUGGAGAUUCUCUUUUUCUAAAGAGUAGUUGUUGCUGUUUUCGAGACAUACUUUUGGAGAAAACUCCAGACCAAAUACUAUUUUUGGGUAGUUUCUAAAAAUCAAUACAUACUUCAACUUCUGGGAGCUAAAUUGUGGC